AUGAGUGUGCUUUAUCAAAUCAAUAAAUAAUCUUGGGUUUUACUCUUAAAAGUAAUUGAAUUUCUUUAUAGAGUUAAUUAGUGAAUAAAAUAAAUCAAUAAGAGUUAUUCAAUUCAAUUAUAUUAAUUAUAUUGUAAGCAUAAAAUUAAUAUUAUGUGUAAAUGAUUUAUAUGUUUAUCGUAAAAUUUCAACUUAUCGAAAGGAGAACCUGAAUAAUUAUGCUUAUUUGAUAAAAAUACAUUUGAGCUGGUUACAAGGAAGAUUUAUUCGGACAAUUUGUUGGAUAUUUAAUGCAAUGUUAGAACUUAAAUGA